CCUCCGGCCUCCAUUUGUGAACAGAGGGGACGCCGCGGAUGUCUACGUUCGUGGUUUUUUUUUUUAAAAUUUUUUUUUUUUAAAAGAGUUAAUUCAUUGAACUCGGCUCUCUGACGGGAAUUCAGACGGUUAUCUGGGGUUUCCGGUUCAAGCACCAAUAUUUGUUUGACGUUUGUACGUUAGUCAAACGGGGGCCGAAUCGUUGCUAGCUUUUGUUUCACCUUUUAACUUUACUAAGCGGCAUUUUCCGCCUUUUUUCCCCUCCCCCUCCUCUCUUGACCGGGGCGCUCACUCCCCCCUCCCCCCUGUGUGUGAGCAGGGGCCUGCUACGUUGGUUUGGCCACGAGGCGCAUCGUUACAUUUGGUACGAGCCGAUGGCGGAGUUCGGUAAUGGACUGGCGGAGGAAUCUCUACUCGAUUCCGACCCUGGACACCAAGAGCUGGAAGACCCGGGCGUCGGCGACGAGGAGCCGGGCUUAGAAGAGGGAGAGGCCGCAAUUGAAGACCCUGAGCUGGAGGCUAUCAAAGCCCGGGUGAGAGAGAUGGAGGAAGAGGCAGAGAAACUGAAGGAGCUGCAGAACGAGGUGGAGAAACAGAUGAAUCUAAGUCCCCCACCAGUCGGCCCAGUCAUCAUGUCGUUUGAAGAAAAAAUGGAAGCCGAUGGCAGAUCUAUAUAUGUUGGAAACGUGGAUUAUGGUGCGACUGCAGAGGAGCUUGAGGCACACUUCCAUGGCUGUGGUUCAGUAAAUAGAGUCACCAUCCUGUGUGACAAAUACACAGGGCAUCCCAAAGGGUUUGCUUAUAUCGAGUUUGCAGACAAAGAGUCUGUCAGAACAGCAAUGGCUUUGGAUGAGUCUCUUUUCAGAGGAAGACAGAUAAAGGUUGGCGCAAAGAGAACAAACAGACCUGGCAUCAGCACCACAGAUCGCGGCUUUUCCCGGGCCCGGUUCCGAUCACGGGGAGGAGGAAACUUCUCUUCACGUGCUCGCUACUAUAGUGGCUACACACCACCCAGAGGCAGAGGACGGGCCUUCAGGGGCCGAGGGCGAACAUCGUGGUAUUGCCCUUACUAAACACUCCAACCCUUCCCCUCCUUUUACUAUCAACCCCUCUCCCUUCUCUGUUCCCAAACACAUACAUACACACACACACACACACACUAUAAAAAUGCCCUCCCUUUCCCCAACAAAAAAAGAAGAGUUCCAGAAGAGAGAAAAAAGGAAAAAAAAGGAAAAAAAACCUUCUGGACAGAGAGACUGACUGGCUGCAGUGUGCAUUUGUAUGUGAGCGUGCGUGUGCGGCGGUUGGCGCGGCCCCCCUGGUAAGGUAUACGCCGGCUGGCCUUUUGGUGCAAAAAGUAUGGUGGCAAGCUUUUAUUUUCUUAUUGCUUUGGGUGCGGGGAUGAUGACGACGACGACGAUGAUGGUAUCUCAGGCUGCAGGAGUGUCUCCUUUGGUCUGGCUGUGACAUCCUGCUUCCACACCAUCCACAGCCCACUCAUUCACCCACCACCACCACCAAAAAAGAAAAAAAAAAACAAAGGGGCUGGGGGCUUAGUGACAUGAAGUUUUUUUUUUAUUUUUUUUUUUAUAUAUAUAUUUUGUUGUUCAAAUGUGAAACUUUGCCUAGCCAAGUUGUUGUUUUAGUCUGUUUGCUGUAUCACUUCCCCUCCCCCUCUCCAUUUCUGACUCCUCUCACCUUAUAGCCUCCUCAGAUCAACACCGUUUUUUUUUUUUUUUUUGGUUUUGUUUCCC